GAGUAGAUUCCACAGAAAUAACAUUUGGACAGCUUCACAGUGUUGUAAAAACUGAGUCUUUCAGCAGCUUACAGGACAGAAAGAAGCUGGCCAUCGCAGAUAUGAAGUGUCUGCUGACAUUUACACCAGCUGGUAUGACAUUAUGGAGACCAUGCAGACGUGUUUCCUGUUUACUGUGGGUGUUCAUCUAUCUGGGCUGCGUGACUCCCUUGAACAUUACUCCAAUGACGUCAGGACUGCGCUCUGCCUUCUCUGCCACGCGUAGUACCAGUGUGUUGGGUGGCUCUCAGCGAGCUUUGUCCUUUGACCGUCUCCUAGUCAACGUUGGUGAUGACUUCAACCCAGAUACAGGCCGUUUCCGAUGCCGCUUGCCUGGUGCAUACUACUUCUCAUUCACGGUGGGAAAGUUUCCUAAGAAGAUGUUGUCGGUUAUGUUGGUGAAAAAUGGAAUGGAAAUUCAGGCCAUGGCAUAUGAUGGAUCCAGAAAGCAAGGCCGCAAGGUGCAGAGUCAGAGUGUGAUGAUCAGUCUAAAGCCUAUGGACACAGUCUCCCUGCUGCUUCAGGAAAGCCCUGACUAUGCCAUAUACAGCAAUAUCGGACCAUACAUCACAUUUAGUGGUUAUCUUGUCUACCCAGACUCCACGUCCUCUAUUGAGUAUCUCAAUAACCACUUGUCUCCUCCAGGGCUCCAUCUCCCUGGUUGUCCUCCCCCUGUAGACCCUCAUUAUGAUUGGAGAAGAAGAGCUGCCAAAGAGGAACCAAGGUCUGCAUUUUCAGUUGCAAGGACCUCAUCGGCACUGGGAGAACGCAAAGGACAGCAUGAGAGAGAAGCUCUCGUGUUUGACGUAGAGUAUGUCAACAUUGGUGGCCAUUUCAAUAAAACAUCCGGACGUUUCACUUGCCAUUUCCCCGGUGCAUACUACUUCGCAUUUACUGUGGGCAAGCACCCUCUCCGGGCAGUCUCUGUAAAGUUGAUGAGGGGCAGAUCGGAGGUUCAAGCCAUGGUGUUCGACGAGGACACGUCUCGGAGAAGAGAGAUGCAGAGUCAGAGUCUACUGUUGUCACUGAGGAAAGGAGAUCAUAUUUGGCUGUACAGUCAACAGGAUGAGGGCUAUGCUGUUUACAGCAACCAAGGACGCUACACGACCUUCUCUGGUUUCCUUGUCUACCCUGAGGGUGAAUCCAUAAACACAGACAGAACUUUCCCUUGAGACCUGAAGCCAGCUUAAGUGCUAAAUAAUUAAUUGGUCUGCUUUUAAGCUUUAGUUUUUAUAUUAAAACUGUCAAUACCUGCGUUUUUCUCAACAUAGUGUUGAUGCCAUGCACCUUUACAUACUGUUCCAGCUAAAAAUGUAUCAUUGUGGGGGCCUGGGUAGCUCAGUGAGUAAAGACGCUGACUACCACACCUGGAGACACGAGUUCGAAUCCAGGGCGUGCUGAGUGACUCCAGCCAGGUCUCCUAAGCAACCAAAUUGGCCCGGUUGCUAGGGAGGGCAGAGUCACAUGGGGUAACCUCCUUGUGGUCGCUAUAAUGUGGUUCGCUCUUGGUGGGACACGUGUUGAGUUGUGCGUGGAUGCCGCAGAGACUAGCGUGAAGCCUUCAUAUGCGCUACGUCUCCUCGGAAACACACUCAACAAGCCAUGUGAUAAGAUGCGUGGAUUAACGGUCUCAGACGCUGAGGCAACUGAGAUUUGUCCUGUACUAAUAAGUAAGUACUAAUUUCUCAUAUUGUUAGAGCCAAAAUGCUUAAUGUAAAAUGCUUAAUGUUGACUUCUUAGGAAGCUAUGAUUUUCCAGAGUUCAUGUGUAUUACUUUGGUACAAAUAAACUGAUUUAAGUAGUAGUAGUAUUUUUAUUCGUUUAGUUAGUUUAGUCAUAAUUAUGUUUGUAGUUACAGGCUAAUUACAUGGCAAGAACAAGAAAUCAAGAAUCAAAUCGGUGAAAUCAAUCAAUCAAUAAAUAAAAUUAACCAACCUAAAUGAAAUAAAAAUAGA